AUGUCAUCCGCAGCUUCACUAACAGGCGUUAUGUGCCGCAUUUUGCUGCUCACAAGCGUUGCAUAUAAUGAUACCAACCAAAUUACAUUGGAAUUUAGCACGCCUCGCUUCGUCGCCCCAAGCUCCAUGUUCUUCUGUUUUACAACGACAAGCAUCACACUAACGGCCGAUACCUUCACCAUCCUAGAACUAAAGCAGGGCGGGACAAUAUUUACGGUUAACGAAAGCACAGAAGUGGGGCCAUACAGUGAUUUCGCGUCAACAAGUUUUUUCUCAUCCGGCACCGGCGAGCUGAAUGCCGUGGAAAUCUCCACAGUCUACGAAGUGCUUGGAACAGACCCCUUCUACGGGGGAAGCUUUAAACUGCAGAGGUACGACGACCUCGUUGUUGACCAGCAGGGCAUCCCCAUCCGCGGGGUGGCGGACUUCCCCGUCGACCCGGCCGCGCCACCCGGCGGCAGCGGUGGUGGACCUCAGAUAGGCAACUGCUUCCUGCUCACAGGUUCCUGGCAGGCGGAUUCGCGGUACCAAAUGACUCUGAGGGUCACCAAUCCGCUGCCGCCAACGCCCGCGGAGGUGCCGUACCCACCGCCGCCGCUGCCGAGCCCUUCGCCGCCGCCGCUGCCGUCGCCGCUGACGGACGGCACGGCGCCGCCGACGUCGCCACCGCAGCCCAGCCCGCCAAGUCCCGCUCCGCCGCCGCCGGGGCCGCAGUACAUGUUGUACAGCAACAACGCGACGCCAAUUCUGUGGGUCGCGCCCGUCACAUACGAGAUUGCAAUGUCUGGCAACGGCUCCGUCACCAACACGCUGCUGUUCUCCGUACGCGGCAAUAAGUACGGCGCCGCAUGCCCGCUUCGGCCCGCCAUUGUGCCGUACAUGGGCACCAUGUUUGACGCCUGCGCAGAGGCCUCGAAGCGGGGGCUGGACGGCAAUGGAACCGUAACGCCCGGCAUCCGCGAUACGUUGCCCUUCACCGCGCCGCCCCUCACCCCCUACACCCUCACCUCCUUCGGAGCCACGUCAUGUACCGCCAGCAGCGGCCAGGUCCUGGGACCCCGGCUUGGCGGCGAGUGCAUCACCUGCGGACUGUACGGCAUUGUCCAGAACGGCAGCUGCACCUGCCCCAGCCACAUCCUGUCCCACCGGGUCGGUGCAGCGGCCUGCGGUGACCCCAUCAGCCCGGAUGGCUCAGCGCGCUCCAUUGCGGACCUGCCCGCCUGGUUGUGUAACACCUUCACAACCGCACUAAAUCAGUGGAAGGCGAAGCGGCUGCUGGAUCACAUAGUGGCGAAGCAGUACAUCCAGGCCUUCACACAGGCGGCUGGUCCUCUGCUGGACUACACCGCCGUGUACGAGGCUUUCCAGACUUUCAACUCGACCCUCAUCUUCGACAGCCGGCGGCCCAACUCGCCCACUCGGGCUCACGGCAUCAAGCCCAACUGUAACCGCUGCACGGCCGGCGCCUUCAAAGAUGUCUACACUAAAAAAAUGACGCCCGUGUUCGACUGGCACUUUGACGCCAUGAACACGUUCCGCUUCAUUGGCUAUGUGCUGGAUAAGGAGCUUGGGGCGCCGUGCCCAGACCUUUGGAACAGCUCUAAUCCCAAAGAGUGGAAUUACGGCUACUACGACCAGAUCAUCUGCAAGCCCAUGCCGCCUGAGACUUGCUGCGGGGCCAACUUUUAUGGGACGACGUCGCCAAGCCUGGAUUGAGGGCGUGAUUACCAAAAGGACAUAAGGGGUUGCCGGCAGCCUGCCGGUUCCACGUUGCCAUGGCCGCCGCUAAGUGUGGAAGGCCAUGAUAGGGGCUUCAGGGCUUAGUCGUGAUAGAGGGAACCAGUGGUUAAAAACUUUAAAUAGCUUUGAUGGCCCAAUUUACUGGGUCGUUAGCUCGUUAGAUCGGUUAUCCUACUGGCCAGGUACCGAAACAACUAGUUACCGACCGGUUUGAUAGAGUUGCAAGAUUCGUAGUUACCGACCGGUUUGGUAGGGUUGAAAAAAUCACAGUUACCGGCCGGUUUGGUAGGGUUGCAGAAAUCACAACGCGUUAUGGUAUUGACAAGCAGAAUGUUGCAUCUUGCAUGUGUGGAGGUUUUGGGGUUGCACAUAUUGCUUUUAUGAGGAUUGUACCCGGAAAGUGUGUGAUCUGGUUAUCGGCCCGCCCCGUGUAACGAACUGUUGGACG